AUGGUGACUCCGGCUCAGCAGAUUGCGCAGCUGGCGCAGGGUCUCGCGCUUAAGCCGCCGCGCAAGAACGCGGCAGUCCACAAGGCCGAGUGUAUAUACAGCACGGAUACCGAGAAGUCGCCAGACGGACUCUACAUCAACCUGAAGAGUUUCGAGUCGUUCGGCAAAGAGCUUCUGCGGUUCGACAGGAAUGCCAAGGGUGCAUUGUACCUACACGUUGUGCGAAGGUUGGUGCCCCGGAAGCCUGAAGCGAUCACGGAGAACGACUCCUCCGCAAACGAAGAGGCGGUGAACCAUGAGGCUAGCGGAGACGGCGUAGCAGAUGACGCGGGAAUGUCGCAGGAGAAGGAGGCAGUGUACGUUGCAGGUGGUAGCGAGCUCAUGAGGUUCAGUUUCAAGCAACGGAAAACGUGCGACGAGGUCGUGGAUUACCGCGUGUACGCACCGUCCAUACAAGUCUCAAUACCACUGGACGAAGCGCCUGACAAUGUUGCCGCCGUCUGCAACGCGAUUAUAGACCAUUCGGGGUUCAACUUCAGCGCCGACGACUUCGUGUGGAAGGACUACGUCACCGAGUCAAAGUAUGCGAAACAUCUCAUACAAGUUGAAGCGCCUCCCAAGAUCAACUACGAGAACCCACAGUGCGAGCGAUGUGGUGCCAGGACCAACUUGUGGCUCAACCUUUCGGACGGGUACAUCGGUUGUGGGCGGAAGAAUUAUGACGCCGGCGGCUGCAGCGACGGUGACGAGGGCGCGGCCAUCCAGCACUACCAGGCUACCGGGGGUGUUUUCCCGUUGGCCGUGAAGAUUGGCACCAUCACCGCCAGCUCAGGCGAUGUCUACAGCUAUGCCCCCGACGAGGACACGCAGGUCGUGGACCCGUACUUGGCUGACCACCUGGCUCAUUUCGGCAUCGACGUCAAGCAACUGAAGGAAACGGAAAAGUCGACACUGCAGCUGGAAAUCGAGAAAAACGAGAAACACGACUGGUCAGAGAUGAACUCCGAAUCGCAUGUGGUACAUGGCGCUGGGCUUGUUGGUCUUGACAACCUCGGCAACAGCUGCUACCUCAACUCCGCUAUGCAGAUGCUUGCCUCUGUUCCAGACCUGGCGUCGUAUUUCUGCGAGCAUUACGACAGCAUCGCAACGAGGGUGCCUGACACUGUCAAGCCGUGCGACGACGUGCUGAUUCAAUUCGCCAAAACUGUCAAGGCCAUGACCACCAGCCGUGUGGUGGACCAGCAGCUGGAGCUCAUCAGGCGGUACCGCACGGCGUGCGAGGACGAACACGUUGAUUUCGUCGAGCCGGAACAGUAUAAGAACUUUGCCGUCAAGCCGUCCAUGCUCAAGUACGCCAUUGGCAUCAAAAACAAGAGCUUCGCCACCAACGACCAGCAGGACGCCGAGGAGUUCUUCAGCUACUUCCUGAACGUGCUGGCUGACAUGGAGCCUGAAAUCAACAGGCGCGCCAAAACGCCGUGCAAAAUCAAAAAGAUGUUCUUCUUCCAGUACCGGCAGUACAUAGUCUGCGAGGCACUCAACAAGAUCACCUACAACGAUAACGAGAUGCACAUGCUCUGCUUGCCACUCAUCACCGGCGGAAUGAGUCAGGAGGACAUCGACCCCAAUCAACCGAUCAACAUUAUGGACUGUUUCAAUUACUGGGAACAAGAGCAGGAAAUCGACUACCUCGACAAGGGGCAGCACCACACGGGGAUCAUCACCAACGCCCUCUUAACACUACCCAAGUACCUCGUAGUCAAGCUGAAUCGCUUCUAUUUCAAAGCGGACGGAACGAGCGAGAAGAUAACGAACAACGUGGUCAUUCCGUCCGAGGGCAUCACGCUGGAGACGCAGGGCGAAAGGCCGCGUGGCGGCUACACCGUCGAGUGCAACACUCGCGAGGUGAAGAAGGCGAAGAAGCAGAUGAACCCAGAACUGCUGCAGACGCUCAUGGCCAUGGGAUUCACAGAGAAGCUAUGCAGAUUAGCUGGGGAGCACGCUGACUCCCACAACGUUGACGCAUGCGUCAACUGGAUACUGGCCAACAUGGACACCGUGUCUCAGGACACUGCGACCGGAGAAAACGACGCUUCGGAAUUGGCGGUCAACGCGUCAGUACUGAUGGAUCUGGGUUAUUCGCUCGAGCAGGCGAACAGAGCUGCGGAAAGGUUCGGGUCCGACGUUGCCGCCGCAGUAGACUGGCUUGCCACUGCCGAGUUGACGGUACAAGCAACGGUCAAGGACAAAGGCAAGUACCAGCUGCUCAGCGUCAUUUCCCACGUCGGCUCCAAAAUCAACACUGGCCACUACGUUUGCCACGUCAACAAGAACGGACAGUGGUACACCUUCAACGAUUCCAAGGUGCUCAAGUACGACAUGCCAUCUACCGGCAACGGUUACCUUUACCUGUUCAAGCGCUCGGAUGAUAAUAAGGCAGCAUCUUCCGUUAGCAGAGCGUGA